CUCAGUGACUCUGAGAGGAAUAACGUGAGGAAUAUCUGGAGCACUGAGGAAUAUUCAAGUUUGUUUUGAUCCGUCAUGAGUUCAUAAGCCAUCAUCCAAACAUCAGGAAUAAUGAUGAAACUCUCAGCGCUGCUGCUGCUGCUGCUCAUCACAGUCUCAGGUUUGGGUGGAGCUUCAGAGUUGGCCUUCAUCAAAGAACCCAGUGAUGUCAUCGCAGUGAGGGACCGCCCCCUUAUGCUGGACUGUCAGGUAGAGGGGGAGGGGCCUAUCACCAUCACCUGGCGGCGGAACGGUGUUCCCGUUCCUCUGGGAGCCAGAGCAGCCGUGCUGGACAACGGGACGCUCCUGAUCCGGAGCUUCCAGAAACGGCGUGAUGGUGAUGAGAGUGAUGCGGGCGAGUACGACUGUGCAGCACAGAACCGAUAUGGCCUGCUCAUCAGCCGCAAAGCACACGUGCAGCUGGCCUCACUUCCCAAGUUCCACACGCACCCAGAAUCCAUGAGUGUGGACGAGGGUGGCGUCGCUCGAUUUCACUGCGCCGUCAGCGGCGUCCCAGAGGCCAACAUCACCUGGGAAAGAAACAGAACGACUCUCAAUGCUGAUGAUAACAGGUACACUCUCCUGCCCAAUGGUAUCCUGCACAUCACAGGUGUGCGUCAGGCUGACAGUGGCAGCUACCGAUGCGUCGCAAAAAACAUCGCAAACACUCGCUACAGUCACGAGGCCCAGCUGUCAGUCACAGUCGCAGCUAAUCGUCUCUAUAAGGAGCCGGUGAUUCUCUCUGGGCCGCAGAAUCUCACUCUGAACAUUCACCAGACCGCAAUCCUGGAGUGCAUCGCCACCGGAAACCCGCGGCCCAUCGUGUCCUGGAGCAGGCUGGACGGUCGCUCCAUUGGCGUGGAGGGCAUCCAGGUGUUGGGCACAGGUAACCUCAUCAUCUCAGACGUGUCUCUGCAGCACUCAGGUGUGUACGUCUGCUCUGCUAACCGACCUGGAACCAGGAUGAGGAGAACCGCGCUGGGACGACUGGUGGUGCAGGCUCCUCCAGAGUUCCUGCAGUGGCCUCAGUCCGUGUCGAAGCCUGCGGGCAGCAGUGCCGUUUUCACCUGUCAGGCUCAAGGUGUUCCUGAUCCACAUCUCAUCUGGCUGAAGAACGGCAAGAUCCUCACGCCUGGAGACAAUGUCAAACUCACCAACAACAACAGCACACUGGCAGUGACGCGCAUCACGGCUGAAGAUGAGGCCAUCUAUCAGUGCAUCGCAGAGAACAGCGCAGGAACCAACCAGGCCAGCGCUCGUCUCGCCGUCUCUCCGUCCCUCAGUCUCCCAGAAGCCCCUCAGGACCUGACGGUCACGCCGCUCUCCACCACUUCUCUACGGGUGCGCUGGACACAGCCGGAGACACACGUGACGGACGGCAUCAUCGGAUACGUGCUGCACAUCCGCAAACUGGGCGAGCCGGACAGCAGCGAGCUUCAGGAAGCCGUGAGCAAAGACACGUUUCAGCACGACUUCACGAACCUGGAGGCCUCCACCACCUUCUCCAUCUAUGUGAAAGCGUAUUCACCGCUGGGAGCCAGUCAGCAGUCCGACAGCGUCAUCGCCACCACACACGGAGCCGUUCCCGUGAUGCCCAGCUUCUUCUCGAAGGUUCUGAACAGCACAGCGAUGCAGGUGUACUGGGAGCUUCCAGCUAAAGCCGGUCGAGUGGAGGGAUACAAACUCUCUCAUCGCAAGCUGCCACAGCAAGAGUUCAGACACGAGGAGCGAUUCCCCGCUCACAUCAACACACACACCAUCUCUAGCCUGGAAGCGUCAGCGGUGUAUGAGAUCCAGCUCAUAGCCUUCAACGGGAACGGCGACAGCAUCGGCAACAAACGGCUCGUCUCAUUGGCUGAGACUGAAAAGAGCGGGAAAGAGGCAGCAGUGGGUGAGAGUGUGUGUGACUGUCGUCAGGAUGAUGGGGGCUCCAUGACGGCUCUUGUGGUUGGGAUCCACAUUGGCAUGGCCUGCAUCAUAUUCUGCGCUCUCUUCCUGAUGUUUGGCUAUCGGCACAGCUUCUUCUGUCAGAAGGGUUCUCCAGGUGACUGGAGUCUCUCAGCAGAACAGAGUGUUUCUCAGAGAGACGCCGCAGCUAAAGAAGCCAGCAUCCGAGCGGUCGACGCUAUCGAGCUCACAACACAGGCUUCUGCAGCGGUUCCUCAGUGUCAGGUGAUGAUUGAACCUCAGUCUGUCCAUCCGCCGGACACAGGCCCUGGCACCGGAUGAGACACCCGCUUCAGCUGUACACAGACCGCUUCUCUCUCACCAAAGCCUUACACUGAGCUCAGCUCACACACACAC